AUGCAACCUAUUCAAUUCUUCGCCUUCAUGGCUACCGGCCUCGGUAUGGCCUCGGCCGCCGCAAUGAGCCCUGGGGAUGAAUCUUCAACCGCCGCCACUGGCUGCAAACACGGCGACACCUGGACGGGUGAGUAUCAAAUCGGGCUGGGCUCGCACAGAUACUUUGAGGGCUGCUUCUGGUGGUACUGCAACGGUGGAACGCCCGUCAAAUGGAUUGACUGUGGUCCGAAAGGGAAGUGCAACUCUGGAGACCCGGCUCCUGGCUGCCUCUAG